GAGAUGGAGAAGGACCUCAAGGCGCAGGAAAAGGAGCUGACGGACGACAUCACCAGUCUGGCGAAGAAGAGCAAGUAUUUGGAGAAACAGUUCAACGAUGCCCAAGCGCAGCUAAGAGAUAUUUUUCACCACGCGCCCAGGCAGCAAUGACCGCAAUCGCGGCGGAUACGUCUCUCUGCUUAUCCCACGCAUCUCAUCUCAAUGAAUGUCAUCAAUUGAAAGAUUGGCUAUUAUGGAAACGCAGAUAUAGAUGUAAAAAGCUGCCUCUUUCUAACGGCGUUGGGCGAUUUAUAAUGCUUGUAAAUUUGGGGACGUCGGCACAUCUAGGUCAAUCAGCCAGACUACCGCUUCGCAUAACGCAGGAACCUGGACGCGAUCACGGUAGCGAUGAUGUUGAACACUGCAAGCGGAGGUCAGAUGCGUCGGGCGGGCUGACAGAUAGAAGCGGACUUACCAGCGAAGACGAGGACGAUGAACA